AUGAGGCAUGACCUCUUUAUUAAUAACGACCCUGACGAGCCAACAAGGCCUCAUAAGCUUAGAGAUUCUACAGCAUCAUUAGAAACAUCUACUGAGCCUAGGGUCUCAAUUAUUGAUCUCACAAUCAGUAGUCAAGCCCUUGGCCCUCUAUCUGGAUGGGAAAUCGAAAGCCAGAGGCUCACGCCGUCAGAUCACGUUAUGAUUUGGGCUAGCUGGGAACCUCCGACAACUGCGAGUACAGAGCCCACAAGGAAAGAAGUCACAGGGUGGCAGAUAGAGGCUCUACUAGGAAACAAAAAGGCUCUGCAGGAGGCAAAAGACACCUGGAACGAACUAGCAAAGACUCAACCAAUACUAACAGACACAACCUCAACAGAGGAAGUGAAACGUGAAGCAGAGUGGAUUGAGAGAGCGUUGACAGAGGUCCUGAACAAGCACUGCAAACAGAUCAAGCUUUGUGCUCGAUCUAAGCGGUGGUGGAACAGUGAGAUUGAGGCAGAACGAAGCGCGUAUUCCAAGGCUCAUAAGGCCUACCAAGCGGGUGAGAUUAGCGAAGAGGAGCAUCGAGAAGCACGUAAGGGCUUCUAUUCACUGAUCAGGAGAGCUAAAAGAGAGUGCUGGGAGGGUUUCCUUCAGGGCACGUCUGAGGGCUCUCUGCCAGAUCAGAAACGGUGUUGGACAGCCUUACGCUAUACUAAACCACAAACACAAGGCACCACACCAGCUCUCACCGAUGAGGCCUCAGGGGAGGUGAUUGCAGCCACCUUUAGCGAGAAGGAGGAGGUUUUUAGACACCGUGCAUUUCCACAGGCUCCAAACAGUAACAUGCAGUUACAGCUUCCUGAGCGAGGAUCGGCCCACAAGCUGGUCAACGAGGAAGUUGUCAAGAAUGCCCUCUUUAGCCAGGGACUAGAGAAAGCUCCAGGUACAGAUUUACUGAACUUCAGGGCUAUCAGGCUCUUAUGGAAUCUAGACUCAGAGCGUGUGGUUAGCCUGACUAGGCAGUGCCUCAGGCUUGGGAUACAUCCACGUGUCUGGAAAACAGCCAAGGGAGUUCUACUGAGAAAGAACGGUAAAACCAACUACACACUGGCUAGCGCGUAUCGAGUGAUAAGCCUAUUGAAGUGCCUAGGCAAGGUGAUUGAGAAGCUCGUGGCAGAGUUAAUUACAAACUUUGCAGAGGCUCAAGACCUCUUCCAUGAUGGUCAAUUUGGAGGCCGUCAGCAACGCAGUGCAAUUGAUGCUGUGGCAUGUCUAGUGGAGGAGAUCCAUCAAGCUUGGGCAAAUGGGAAGCUGGCUGCAGCUCUAUUUAUGGAUAUUGAGGGGGCCUUUGACCAUGUCAUCCUAGCAAAACUGGUAGAGGUGCUCAGAGAGGCUGGCGUGGAUGGAGAUCUUAUACAUUGGGUGAUCUCAUUUCUAUCUGACCGGCGAGUCACUCUUGUGAUUGAUGGACACGUGGGAAAGGAAGUACCGAUAAGCUCUGGGUUACCUCAGGGCUCUCCGGUGUCACCCAUUCUCUUUGUUCUAUACGUUCAUGGGCUAUCAAGAGCCAUUGAGAGGAGUGUGCCAGAGGUUCGAUGUCUGUCCUUUGUGGACGACCAAGGCCUAGUAACAGCCGCAAGCUCAGUGAAGGAGGCUUGUAGGAUCCUCGAGAAAGCCGCGGAAGUAGCCAUCGAGUGGGGGACGACACAGACGUCAAGUGGCCCAAAACGUAUCUCGAGCCCGGAUCAGGGUUGGAGGCGAGUAGACCUCUGCAAGUCCCAUGGGACUGGCCCAAUGGGACUGUCCAUGGGCGUCCAUGGGCGCCCCAUGGGACUGAAGCCUGUGUCCAUGGGCGGGCGGUACCCUGCUGUCCAUGGGCAGGGUUUCCAUGGGACUGUCCAUGGGACUGCAAACAGUGCAAACAUAGACGAAUCCGCUGUUUGCAUAAUUUAUGCCAAACUAGUCCGUAUUUUUAAGUAA